ACCUUACUGUCACAAGACUCUCUUCAUAGAUAAACCCUCAACUCAAGAAGAUAAACCCAGUUCAAAACUUGCAUUAUUCAGCGUCCAUCGAAAUCCAAAAUGGCAGAUGAAACUACCUUAUCAUCUCCAACCAUUGAUCCCUACGAAUACCUUCAGUUCUUCCCCAAUCCCGACGGUACUGCCACUCGCAAAAGCAACGUACUCCUAUCUAAGACCAUAUCCGAUCUUGACCACGAUCCUCGAGUUCUCUUCAAAGAUGUCCCCAUCGGCACUUCAAACAACACCUGGGCUCGCAUAUUCCUUCCCCGUCAAGUACUUGAUUCUUCUUCCACCACCAAGCUUCCUCUCAUAGUUUAUUAUCACGGCGGAGGUUUCAUUCUCGGAAGCCUAGACGACAGACUUUUCCACGAUUUUUGCUCAAACGUGGCGCUUGAAUAUCCUGCUGUAGUUGUCUCCGCCCAGUACAGGCUUGCCCCGGAGCACCGUCUUCCAGCCGCUUACGAUGACUCCAUGGAAGCAUUGCACUGGAUCAAAACUACCCAAGAAGAGUUGUUGAAAAAAUAUGCUGAUUUCUCUUCAUGUUUCUUAAUGGGGCCUAGUGCAGGUGCAAACACAGCGUACCAGGUAGGACUGCGUGCAGCGGCACAAGUUGAAGACAUACUGCCAUUGAAGAUCAAAGGGCUCAUACUGCAGCACCUUUUCAUUGGUGGGGUGAAGAGGACGGAGUCCGAGUUGAGGCUGAUGAAUAAUCCAAUUUUUCCAGUAUGUGCUAGUGAUUUAAUGUGGGAAUUCUCAUUACCUCAUGGCGCUGACCGUGAUCAUGAGUAUUGCAAUCUAACGGUGGGUGGUGGGUCAGAUGUCUUAGAUCAAAUCAAGCAACUUGGAUGGAAGGUAUUGAUCACAGCAACUACUGGGGACCCAAUGAUUGACCGUCAGGUUGAGAUGGCGAGAAUGAUGGAACAAAGGGGAGUACAAGUGAAAAGUCAUUACGAUGAAGGAGGUUAUCAUGGAAUUGACGUUAUUGAGCCUGAAAAGCGUAAGGCUGUGCCUGUUAUCAUGAAAGAAUUUGUGAAUUCAGCCAUGGCUUCUCAGUCAGUGAAGGAUAUUGUUGGUUAAUUGGAGAUUUUAGAUUUGUCAUGUUUUCUUUAUGAUAAAAUAAAAAAUUAAUAGGUGUUGGAGUAACUUUUCCGAAACCUUUGAAUAUUCAAUGGUUCAAAAGUCAAAGUAAUAUUGUGAGAUCCAAUAAUGAGAUUCCUGUCGUAAUAUCCUUUGUUAACCCUUAUGGUAUCCUGGCUCUGAUAACAUACGGGUUACUUAGACCUGGCAAAACGGGUGGGUGGACUGGAUACGGUCCAGGUUAUACGGGUACGGGUCAUACGGGUGCGGGUCCUUAUACGGGUUGAUAUAUACGGGUCCAAUAUUUUAGACCCAUGCCCUACCCUAUACGGGUACGGGUGGACUCGUUUUUUCUCUCUCUAGGUUUCAAUUUUUACGUUUCACCCCUAAUAGUUUUCAAUUAUAACAAUUACACCCCCAAAAUUCUUGCAGU